UUUGAAAUGUGAUAUGGAGGUUGAUUUAAUCAAAAUCAUGACACCAGCUUUUCUAAAUCUCACAUCACUUAAUCAGCCGCGUGAGGCUUUUCUUAAGCAUGGAGGAACGCAGAUGGUGAUUGAUUAUUUGGUGAAAUUCGGGUCGAAUAAAAAAGAUUAUAAUGAUAUUUCUGGCCCUAUACAAGAGUUGCUGAGCAAUGUAGAGGAUUAUGAAUUGGGUUCAUCUGAGGAAAAGAGAGCCGAUGUCCAUUCUCUUUUUUCG